GCUGCGUCGAUUUUGUGGUUAACAUCGUUUAGGAAGACAAGGCUUAUCAUGGCAAAAUUGGGACACAAUGACAUGUCAAGUGAUAGCGACAGUGGAGAUGAUUGGGAGGAAAAUGGUGAAGAUUACUAUAAUAUUUUGUGCCUGUUUUGUAUGGAAAAUAUGAAUGGAUUUCCUUCUGCAUUGGACCAUAUUGAAAUCUUUCACAAGUUUGACUUCUGUGAUUUUAUAAAGAAACAUAUUCACGACACUUACUCUUAUAUCAAAUUAAUCAAUUUUGUUCGUCGCAAGGAGAUUUUACCAGAACAACUGAAUACAUUAGACAUAGAGGCUUGGGAAAAAGACGAGUAUUUACGUCCUGUUGUGGAAGAUGAUCCAUGGUUAAUGUAUGACAUUGAAGAUCUUAUCAAAAUUAAGGAUGUGAAUGAAGAAAGAGGUGUAAAACAGAUGCAAAGUGAUAACAGUGUGACUUUAUCAGAGACACAGUAUGAAGAUAUGAAAAGAAUUAUCAGAUCACUCAAAUCUCAACUGAAGGAAAGUGAGACAACAUGUUUUCUAAUAAAGCAGCAAAUGGAGGAGAUGAAAGAGAAGGCUCAGAAGUUAAUACUGGGUGAUGAUUUAGAUGAAAGAGAAAAGAACGCUCAGAUUAAUGCUCAUAAUUCUAACGCUGAUGAAGGCUAUUUCAAUACAUACAGUCACUUUGCUAUACAUCACGAAAUGUUGAAUGAUAAAAAACGAACGGAGAGCUAUCGUGAUGCAUUAUUAACAAAUUCUAACAAAUUUCAUGAUUGUGUAAUGUUGGACGUUGGUUGUGGAACUGGUAUCCUGUCGAUGUUUGCAGCAAAAUCUGGUUGCAGUAAAGUUAUCAGUGUCGAUCAGUCUGAUGUGAUAUAUCAUGCUAUGGAUAUAGUAAGAGAGAACAACCUCAGUGAUGUAAUCACUUUAAAAAGGGGUCGCCUGGAGGAUAUUAGUAUAGGGGUAGACAAAGUGGAUGCAAUAAUAUCCGAGUGGAUGGGAUAUUUUCUCUUGUUUGAAGGAAUGCUGGACACAGUUAUUUAUGCUAGGGAUCAUUAUUUAACGCCUGGUGGAACAAUUCUUCCAAACAGAUGUACAAUUAGUAUUGUGGGAAGUGGUGACACAAAGAGAUAUAUUGACUUGGUUGAUUAUUGGUCAAACGUAUAUGGUUUUAAAAUGAGCUGUAUGAAAGCGGAAGCGUUGCGUGAACCAAGUAUAGAAAUCUGUAAUGUCGAUGACUUGAUAACGAGCAUCGCCGAGAUCCAAGCCUUCGACUUAUAUAAAGUCACCACGGAUUGCGUGAAUUUUUCAUCUUCUUUCACGUUGAAUGUGAAGAAAACAGGAUCGUUAACAGCGAUAAUUGGUUAUUUCGACAUUUUCUUCGAUCUCGACAAUCCGGUUCAUUUCAGUACAGGUCCCUAUUCUACUCCGACACAUUGGAAACAGACGGUAUUUUCUUUAAGCGAACCCAUUAGCAUAACUGAAGGUGAAGCUAUAAACGGCACAUUGGUCUGCCGAAGACACUGUAAGGACAUCCGAGGCUUAAUGGUCGUUAUUCACAUCAAAAAUUUCUCUCAGACGUAUUUUCUGGAUUAAAUAGCUUGUUAAUAAGGGAUUAAUAAUCGCAUGUGCCAAGCUAUCGGGAAGCUGUCGCAUUAUGAUGCUUUGAAUUUCGUUGAACGUUCUUUUCCACGAAUGUUCGCUUAAGCUUUAUCUCUCUUACCGUUUCCAAUUUGAAUCUAUAAUAUAUAGAAUCUGUGCCCGUUUACUUAAGGGAAUCCUAAAGAUGAUUAGUUGUAUUUCACGCACAUAUACACGUAAAUUUUUUUAUUAUAAUAACGUUUUAAUUAAUAGACGUCUAAGUCCAAUUCUAAGAACUCCACAUUGUUUCUCCGUACAAACUACUAGUCUAUGGACUAUUAUUUCGUAAGUUGUACAGCAGUUGUACAGAUUGUACAGCUUUUUAAAACAUAUAUAUAUACAUGAAAGCGGAAUUGCUUAUCCACGUAUCAAACGCGAAGCCAACAUAUAUGCAAGAGAGAAAGUUAUAACAUUCCAAAUGUUUGUGUAAUCCGCAUGCGUCAGUAUCGUCAUCGAAUAAGUUGUAUAUUCAGGGCCUAAAAGGUUGCUACACUUUUUUUUAAUGGGUUUUGGAAUGUAAUCUAUUCAUCGAGCGAUUGAUUCU